AGUGGGGGGUCUUCUCGCGCUACCGAACCUCCUCCGUCUCCUUCUCGGUUAGUUCCGUCUCUCUCUUUCUUCCUAGUACCGCUUGGCGGCGGUGGUGGUGGCGGAGGGGUUCAGUCAUCUCGCGCCAGCCGAGCCACGCGCAUACUGUUCCUCUUCGACACGAUUACUCGCGACAAUCUUUCUUGGCUUGGUAUUUUAACGCGAAUUUUCUUUUACGACACCACCACAACAACAACAAUAACAACAACAAUAAUAACAAUAACAAUAACAACAACAACGAUAACAAUUAACAACGUCGUUUCUUCUCUCCAGUCCUAUUAUCGUUAAACGCGUUAAGGACGAAGACAAUCGACGACAACUGUCUCUCUCUUUCUCUCUCUCUCUCUCUGUUUUCUGUUUCUCUUUCUUUCUUUCUUUCUUUCUCCUUUUUUCUCUUUUUAUUUUCUUUUCUCUUCUUUCCUCGUCUCUUUUCUUUUUUCAACACUCAAAGAGCGCAAGUUCGGAACUGGACCGCCCUCUCCGGACGGAAGCCACGGAACAACACCCCCACUCAACUCCCUCCACCGAAUCAGACUACCACCUCCACCUCCUCCUCCUCCUCCUCCUCCUCCUUCUUCUUCUUCUCUUAUGAGAGUGAGAGAAAGAAAGAAAGAGAGAGAGCGAGCGAGCGAGCGAGCGAGCUAGCUAGCUAGCUAGCUAGCGAGCGAGUGAGUGAGUACGAGAAAGAAAGAAAGAAAGAAAGAAAGAGAGAAAGAGAGAGAGAGAACGUUUCACGCCAACCCCCCACUUUCGACAAGGAGAGGCAGAUACUCCGACGAUAGAGCCUCCGGCACACGGGCACCGAGAGUACCACGCGAGUGGAGAACCCGUGGCUCCGUCGCGUUCAACCCCCCGAAGAAGAUCGGAGAAGCUGAGGAUCGAAAGGGAAUAAAUACGUGAAAUACGUAUAUUAUCAAGGAAAAAUUAUUCUCUCUCUCUUUCUCUCUCUCUCUCUCUCUGCCGAUCUCGAAUCGUCUCUCGUUAAAUCGUUUUGACCAUUUUAAAACCGUACGUAACUUGGACGUUCGUUCGUGUUAAAAUCGAUUCGAUGAAGGAAAAUAAGUGACUAAUACUAAACUGUCGGUCCAUCAUCAGUUCGGAGGAUGGAGAACGUGAGAUCAUCGACAACGUCGAAGAACAACGAUCGUUGGUAUCAUCAGCAUCGAUAAAUUACGGGGUGGUUUCCGUAAAAAAAAAAAGGGCUGAUCGUGUUUCGUCGACCGACCUUAACCUAAAGGAAUAUUAGAAGAGGGUUCGCACGGACCACCCCGUUGAAAACGUUUCUCCCCGUGUAUAAUGUGUGAGUGACAGGGUUGAAAGUUUUAUAUAAAGACGGGUAUUUAUUCGUAAUACGAUUAUUCUUCUUCUUCGGGGGGGACUCGCGAUAAAAGGUGUCGAGAGGAAGAACUUUUGACGGAUUUCAAGGAGAAAAAGGAAAGAAAGAAAUAAAGAAAAUAAGUGCACGUGAACGAUCCGGUGUGAGUGUUUAAUACGUAAAUAAUUAUUAUAUCAGAGAAGAGCUGACUGUGGUGCUUUCUUUUUCAUUGUUUCUCUCUCUUUCUCUCUCUCUCUCUCUCUUUUCUUCUCAUUUCCGUUUCCUCUCUUUUCUUUUCUUUUCUUUUCUUUUCUUUCCUUGUUUUCUUCUUUCUUUUUGUUUUCCCCCGUCCUUUUUUUUUUUUCUUUUCCUCCCUCUUCCUUUAUUUCACUAUUGCCCGUUGGUUAUCACGAAAGUGCACAGACUGCGAUUAUUACUUCGCUCGAAAUAAGAGUAGAAGGACAAAAGGGCAAGCUCGACAUUGACACCGAAGUUUUAUUUCCUAUUUCCUUUUAUUUAUCUCACUGUUUCUUUCCUUCUGGUUUUUAUUUUGUUUGCUUCCUUUCGAAUUUCUGUCCUUCCUCUGUCUUUAUCUCUCUCUCUCUCUCUCUCUCUCUGUCUCUCUUUCUCUUUCUCUCUUUAUCUCUCCGUCUCUAUAUCACUCUCUAUCUGUAUAUCUUCCUUUUUUUUUCUUCUUUCUGUGUGAACACGUCGUUACACGUCCUCGUCGUAUAAAGUGUUUGGAAGUUUUUACAUUUAAUAACAAGUUGGAAGGAUUCUCAAUCGUCGUGCCGACGGACUAUCAUGCUAACGUUAAGUGCGAACGGUGGAAGGAACGAGGAUACUCGCUGAAAGGAUUUACGAGGAUGAUACAGCAGUGAGAGAGAUAGACUGGGUAGAGGGAGGAGAGGGUUCUUGGCGAGGUUCGAGAUGUCCGCCGUAACCAGCCCGUAUGGACCCACGGAGAUGCUGUCCGACUCGGUCUACAACUACGCGACGACUCGAAGGGGCACCGCCGAUCAGGACGGCGAGUCCCGAUACGAGACGCAAGCCCAGUUGCAGAUCGCGAGUAUCCAAAAGCCACGGAACAAGCGGAAAAAUUUCAAACCUAUAAACAGCCGUAUGGCCGAAGUAUCGGAUGAAUCUGAUAGAGAGGAGGAACACGAGCAAGAAUCCGAUGAACUUCUUCUUGGUGUCGAGGAAGGGCCAACCUCGAACGAGAUCCUCGAAUACGAGAGGAAAACGAUGCUUCUGCCAGUUGCUGUCGGUACGGACGAUAGGUCGAAGCAACAGAGGCUGAACAACAACGAGGUCAGCCCGAUGGACCUCUCGGUCGCGACGAGGCCGCCCUCCUCCGACGUCGACGACGACAGCGGCGAUUCCCUCGGGCACAAGUUCAUCCUCGAACGGCUCAACUCUCAGAAGCUCUAUUCUCCUGGCACGGAGGCCAGGAGUCCAAAUUCGGACUCCUCGGAGAAAAGUGUCGGAAGUGUAGUCCUAGAUGCGGAUUCGGGUCGAUUGGACGAUCAGGAUACGCCGUUCGAUGACGAUCGAAUGCAGGAUGGAGAUGGAGAUGGCGAUGUUGAUGGUGAUGGUGAUGGUGACGGUGACGUAGAAGUCGAAUGCGAAGAGAGAAAACCAUUCGAAGGAAUGAGAGAGUACGCUGAAUCGACUAUGCAAGAACUCUUAGCGAUUUAUGGUCUUUCCGGUGGUGAACUCGCGAAAUCGGUCAGUCGACAGCUACCACCUACCUUCAUGAACCCUAGUACUGGUCAACAUGGUCAAGGAAAGGUGAGAGUGAAGGAAGAGAAGGACGCCUCUUCUAUGGCACCAGGGAGUCCACCGACACCACCGCACACACCUCAAAGUCCACCAAGACAAAAUUUACCUGGUGGUAAUCUUUCUCAGUCCUGUCAAACGUCGAACGCGAGUUCUCCGAGUUUGCAGCAGCAGCAGCAGCAGCAGCAGCAGCAGCAGCAGCAGCAACAACAGCAACAGCAGCAACAUCAUCAUCAUCAUCAUCACCAUCAUCAACAACAACAACAACAACAUCAACAGCAACAACAACAACAGCAGCAGCAGCAACAGCCACAACAGCAACAGCCACAACAGCAACAGCAACAUCAACAGCAGGAUCAGCAACAACAUUCGAUUCAUCCAAUGACGAAUUCGCCGUUAAGUCAAAUCCUCGUACAGAAUCCGGCGUUGACUCAAUUGUUGCAACAAAAUCCCGCGAUACUCUCGCAAAAUCCUCAACUGGCACAGUUGCUGCAACAAAAUCUUCAAGUUCAAAUGGGAAGUGUGCUAUUUCAGAACGUUAGAAGGGAGGAAGCCGAGGAUUCGAGAGUACCGCCGACAAUAGCAAGUCUGGCGGCAAUGAAGGUGGAGGCAGCUGACCCGAAGGUUUCCGCGCUGCUCAGGCAAAGCAUGUCACCGGUAGCGGACAGCAUGAUCGCUGGUGCGAAAUCAUCGGUGUCGCAGCCUAUAAUCGAUUACUCUCGAUAUGUCAGGAGAUAUACGUCCGGUCAGGAAUGCGGUAGCUCGUAUUGCAAGGAAUUAGGAUGUAGAGAACAUUUUCAUUGUCUCGAUUGUAGUGGUAGGGUAUUUGUAAAGAAGGAGGAAAUGAUCAGGCAUUUCAAGUGGCACAAAAAAAGAGACGAAUCCUUGCAGCAUGGUUUCAUGAGAUAUUCGCCAACGGACGAUUGUUCGGAAAGGCAUCCAGGUCGAGCUUGUCCGCAUAAUAGAAAGCAAACCCACUAUCAUUGCAUACACGAAAAUUGCGACAAGGUUUAUAUAUCGACCUCGGACGUGCAGAUGCACGCGAAUUAUCAUCGCAAGGAUUCCGCGAUCAUUCAAGAGGGCUUUCAACGAUAUCGUGCCACUGAAAGUUGUGCCACCGAUCAUUGCCCCUUCGUCGGACAACGAACGACGCACUUCCACUGUCGGCGGCCUGGAUGUCGCUUCACCUUUAAAAAUAAGGCUGACAUGGAUAAACACAAGUCGUAUCACAUUAAGGACGAGCAGUUGUCCCGAGACGGAUUCAAGAAAUUCAUGAAAUCCGAAGCCUGUCCCUUCGAACAGUGUCGAUUCUCGCGUGUUUGCAAUCAUAUACAUUGCAUACGACCACAUUGCAGUUACGUUCUGCACUCAUCCGGUCAGCUCUUUUCUCAUAAACGGAAACACGAGCGUCACGAGUCCGAAUUGGCUUAUCGAAAGUACAAGCAAGUUAGUGCCGUUGGCGGGAUUAGGCCGCCAGGAUCUUGGGCACCAGACGAGAUUAGUAAUCAAGGCUUGUCGCUAAGUCUUAACGGGGAAAGUUCGAACGAGGGUAGAGGUUCGCCGUCGUAUUACUCGUUGGACGAUUCUUUUCAAAGUGCGAGCGAUUUAGCGAUGGAUCUUACCGCUCCUACGAAUAGCAUGACGUCUACCAGUAACUCGGUGGUUAGCAUCGAUCAACAACAGCAACAGCAGCAGCAGCAGCAGCAGCAACAACAACAACAGCAGCAACAGCAACAACAACAACAACAACAACAACAGCAGCAGCAGCAGCAACAGCAACAGCAACAGCAACAACUCACACCAGCAGAAUUAGCCUAUCUUGUAUCGGCCAAUUCGGAUUGUCCCUGCCAAUUGAGUAGGGAUCAUCAUCACUGCGGGUUGGAUCGUUGCGGUGCCACUUUAAAGGAUCCUCGCGAAGUCAGGGAACAUUUGAGGGAGCACGAAACUCAGGAACGUAUCACGGAUGCCUUCUUCGAGGAAGGUGGCUGUGACGAUACUUGUCCGUAUGCCGACAAAGAAAAACAUUAUCAUUGUAAUUGGGAAAAUUGUCGGGAGGUCAUUCUGUCAACGGACAAACCAUUUCGAAGACUUCAACAUUAUAAAAUUCACGAGUACAGUCGACAAUUGAAUCUCUCAUGUCCCUCGCACGCGCUUUCAUCCGAUGUAACGCUUACCCACCUGACCAAUAUCGAUGCCAUGUUUAGGCGGAAAAGAGGUAGACCACCGAAAAACAGAGUGAUCGAGAUUUGGUCAGGUGGAGAUCCGGCCUCGCACACGCACGACUCCCCGCAAGCCAUUUUUACGAGCUUCAAGUUACCCAAACCGCAAACACCAAGUUUGACACCUACUCCGGUGACCGAUGAUCGAGAAGGUAGUGUUUCUCCUUCGAAUAGUCUCGGUGAACCGGAAGGAUUCGCCACUUACAAUUCCGAGGGUUGUCCAGAUCUCGCUUGCGUUUUACGAUCUACCAGGCAUCAUCAUUGUUCACAGCCACGGUGUCAUUUCUCAACCGAUAGACCCGAUCAAUUGUUGAUGCAUAGUAAAGACUUUCACGACAACGUUGAUAUACCAACAGGCUUUGCCUUUUUCGAUAAAAUGGUUGACUGUCGGUUAUCGAGUUGUCACAGUAAUCGAGUGAAUCGACAUUUUCAUUGUACCAGACCAAACUGUGGAUAUUCUUUCGUUCGAUAUUCAACGAUGGCUCUUCACGAGAAACAACAUUCUGGACACGUCGAUGUUUGUACUCAGGAACUUUCCAAUAAGGAAUGUCAAACGCAUCCUCAAUCCUUUAUUCAAGAAACUAAACCAAGAAUCCAAGUAAAAAAUCCGGCUGAUCUUAUAGAGAAAACGGAUGACAGCUUGGAAGAGAGCAGAUCGAUGAUCGACGAGAAGGAAAGCGAACUUCCUAGUCCGGACGCUAACAAGACGACCGUGGUGAGGGCGGCAGGCACCUAUUAUCCGGUCAGCGGACCGCCGAGCGAACCCGCACUUCCGGGCGUCGUGCUAUCCAUGCGAGCUUCCGUGCACCAAGAGUCCACGGCCAUACCGUCAUCCGGUACAUCUACCUCAUCCCACACGCUUUACGGACCGGAACAAAGUUGCAGCAGACCGUUCUGCAAGUUGAAACGUGCUAUCCUCAGUCAACAACAACACGAUCUACCCAAUCAGUCACCCUCGUCAUCGGUAUCAUCCAAUCAACUACAGCACGAGUACCUAGCUCAGCUUUCUCAGAAGCCAGACUUCAUGGCACAGAACGCACAGAUGGCACAGAACAUUCAAAACUUUCACAAUCAGAUGCAAAGGCAGAUGCAGCAGACUCUGGGACAGAUGAGCCAACAACAGACACCACCGGCGAAGGAGAUCAAACUGGAGAGUCCAAGAUGUGCCACGGAUAUCGGUGUACAAAGUAUGCCGAAUAUUAAGAGGGAACCAGCUGAGAUUACGAGAGAGGACACUGGUAAUUCGGUGCAAGAGACCAACGAGAACAAUCAACGUAUGCCUCAACCCUCGAUGCCUGGAAACGUUCAACAUUCUCCGGCACCAGGACCACCUAGUUUCGAGCUUGAUUUCAGCCAUGGCUUUCACUUUGCGAGUCCAGCGGUAAUGGCAGCUAUGAAUCAACAGAUAGCCCUGAUGAAUCAAGCUCUACCACCGUUUCUUCAACACGGUGGCAUGUAUACCGGGGGACCUGGACUGAUGUUUGCACCUGGUCUACCACCUACCAAUUUUCUUCCCCCUACCAGGGACGAAAAUCCUCUGGCAUCUCUCGCGGCUAAUCUCAAUCUGAAUAAAAGAUCUCUUUCCCCACCUGACAGCAAUUCGCCCGAGGCGAAGAAGCAACGUCUUCAUCAUUCGAUGCGUAUGCUCAAGGACGAACCUGUUCCCGAAGGAUACGUUAGGUUCAGAUUCAACGAGGAUUGCCGGUACCCUCACUGCGGUUACAGGGAACAUCAAACUCAUUUUCAUUGCAUGCGCCAAGACUGUGGUUACUCGUUUUGCGACAAGACGCGUUUCGUUCAGCAUACGGCAAGGCAUGAGCGUUUGGACACGCUUAUGGGCGGUGAUUUUCAACAGUACAGAGCCAACGUGCCUUGCGGGCGUGCACAGUGUGCAUAUACGUCGUCCCUUGGUUCGAUGCAAAACAAAGCCUCGCAUUUCCAUUGUCUGAAGUGCGACUUCGUUUGUACGGACACGAACAAGGUAGUUGCACAUAGGCGUCAACAUGCAAAAUUGGACAGUAUAGCGGCUGCGGGCUUUCAGAAAUUUACGCCUAGUCAGCCGUGCGGUGCCGUGCAGUGUCAACACUCGGGCAAGCAGACUCAUUAUCAUUGUUUGCAGUGUCAGUACGCGGUCUUAGGUCUGGCACAAAUGUCGGCACACAAGUAUCGACAUAUGGACACUUAACGGAAAUUUUAUGGUGCAAAAUACGAGACAAAUUUCUACCCGAGUAUAUAUCUAUAGACAUUCCCUGGAAUAUCGGUCGAAGGGAGACAGAGAAGGACACUAUUGGGCUUUUGCUACAGAUUUUAAUUAGUACCUAUAGACAUUCCUUCAUUCUCCCAAACGAUCAGCAAUCCAUGAUGAUUUACUAAUACAUCAAACGCAGGGAGCUAGUCAGUGAAGUUGGACCGAGUUGAAAUUCGAUGUCCUGUUGAAAGUUUAGAAAAGACGUUGUUGUUCCUUAGUGUUUAGGGAAUAGAAAGAGAAGAAGAUGAAGAUGAAGAUGAAGAUGAAGAUGAAGAUGAAGAAGAUAAAAAGAAAAAGGGAAAUAAGAACAAGGAAAAGAUCAAAGGAUAUACAAGGAUAUACUCCUUCAGGGGAUCCAACUUUCGCGAAGUUGAAACUCGCUAUUGAAUUUUUCGCCUUCCCCCACCCCUCCCGACUGGCUAGAAAAAAUGUGAAAAGAAAAGAAAAGAAAAGAAACUACGAUAUAUAGGAAAGACACGCUGGAUAUCGAGCGUUCAAGAAGACAAUAAAGCAAGAAGACACUCCUAUCGUAUAUACAAUAUACAUAUACAUAUAUAUAUAUACACACAAACACACACACACACACACAUAUAUAUAUAUAGCACGAGAAAAGACAAAACUGUAAUAUUUAAUAGAGAAACUUCUUAUAUAUUUGUCACCGUUUAAGUGUCACGUACCCUCCGUGUGGCUGUGAUCGCACGCUAAUCAUUCAUUAGAGCCCCUUAUCGUCAGAAGUAUGUAUGUAAUUACAUAUCCAUGCACGGUCUAUAUGUGAGUAAGAAGAAUAUGUCAAAAGAAGAGAUGAAGAAAAAGAAGAAGAAAAAGAGAAGGAGAGAAUUAUGUUGAGUCGAUCAAAGUCAAUGAUAAGACUCGAGAGACUAAACAUCGAUUAUCGAGUAUUAACUUUUUUAUGAGGAAGAGUGUUGUCUAGAUAGGACAAGACAAACAUGAAUCGGCAACGUAUGCACGCAAUUUUCUCUUUUACGAUUAUAAAUAAAUAAAUAAAUAUAUAUAUAUGUAUGUAUGUAUGUAUGUAUGUAUGUAUGUAUGUAUAUGUAUGCAUGUAUGUAUGAUAUGUAUAUGUAUAUAUAUACAUAUACAUGUAUAUGUAUAUGAUGUGUGCAUAUAUAUAUACACGUAUGUAUAUAUGUAUAUGUGUAUGUGUAUAUAUAUAUAUAUAUAUAUAUAUAUAUAUAUAUAUAUAUAAUAAAAAUGUUCCGAAACCAAAGAAUAAAGCAAAACCCAUGAAACUGCGUUCGUAGCGAAAGAAAAAUUAAAACAUACAUAUACGUACGUAUUCGUUAUUGAGCCAAUUUCGUGUUGUUUUAUUAUUAUUAUUACUAUUAUUAUAAUUAUGAUUACAAUUACGAUUAUUAUUAUGUUUACUAUUAUUACUAUUAUUAUUAUUAUUAUUAUUAUUAUUAUUAUUACUACUAUUAUUAUUAUUUUUCACUUUCGUCAAAACGUCUCGCAGUCUCAGUAGGGUUCUUGCAAAAAUAUCGACACGUACUAAAUGAAAAAUUUAUAUAUAUAUAUAUAUGUAUAUACAUAUAUGUAUACGUAUAUAUGUGGUAUGUAUGAAAUCAUCUCGGUUCGCAAGCCACGAUGCAGGAGGGUACGUACCUUUUAAUAAUCGUAUUACAAACAGUAUUGUUGAACUGAGAGUAAACAAAAAGACUGCCAGCCGAGACGUGUGAAAAAGAAAGAGAAUGAGAGACAGAGAGAGCGAGCGAAAGAAAGAAAGACAGAGUGAAAGAGAGCGAGAGAGAGAGAGAGAGAGAGAGAGAGCGAGAAAGAGAGAGAGAGAGAGAGAGAGAGAGAGAGAGAGAGAGAGAAUAAGGACAGAAUUAGGGAAUUGUUUGCGGAAAGAUAAUGAUAAAAAAAGAAAUAGAAACAACAAAAUAAUGAGAGAAAGAGAUGACGAGGAUUGUUUAUUCUCGUUGACGUGACAAAGUUACGAUAUAUAAAAAUAUAAACUAUAUAUUAAAGGAUAUAUAAAGGUAAACGUAAAGGUACAUAUAUAUUAUAUAUAUAUUAUAUAUAUUAUGAUAUAUAUAUACACAUUAUAUAUAUAUAUAUAUAUAUAUAUAUAUAUAUAUAUAUAUAUAUAUUGAAGAAACAUAUUAAGAAAAGAAUUGAAACUGAAAAAUCAAUACGCAAAUAGAAAAGAAUAAAUAAAAUUCGAAUAACGAAAUUGUUUGAUAUAUUAUUAUGUGUAUGUAUAAUGUAUAAUGUACUAUGUACUAUGUGAAUAAUCGAAUCGUUCCAAGAUAUAAAGGACAGAUUUCUCGCGCUUUUAUUCCUAGAGGAUGCUCGAAAAAGACGGUAUAUCGAUCCUGUAGAUCUUUCUUUUUCCUUUUUCUUUUUCUUUCUUUUUCUUUAUAAUCUAUAUAUUACAUUAUAUAGAAAGAGAUAGAUAGAGACGAGUUUGUUAAAUCCUCUGCGAUAUGCCUUGAAUUCAUUUCAUCGAACGAGCCAUCUAUCGAUCUAUCGAUUAUCUUCUUCAUGCGGAUAUAACUAAUUUGUUUAAAUUCGUACUUUUAUUAUUAUUAUUAUUAUUAUUAUUAUUAUUACUAUUAUUAUUAUUACUAUUAUUAUUAUUAUUAUCAUUAUCAUUAUCAUUAUUAUUAUUAUUAUUAUUAUUAUUAUUAUUAUUAUUAUAAUUAAUUAUUAAUUAUUAUUAUGAUUAAUAUUAAUAUAUUUAUUUCGAUUAUAUAGUACACACGUCGAAUAAAAUUCAAUGAAAACGUUUCCAGUUUUUCUUUUUCUCGCUUUUUUGGAAUCUUUUUUUUAUUUUUCUUUAUGUUCUUUUUUUUUUUUUUUAAUCGUUUUCUCGAUCAUUUCAUUCGCUGAGGAAAGAAAAUAACGAUAUAUGGCAUCGGUAUAUAACGUACGACUCGUUUGUAUACGCAUGUAACGUAAAACUCGAACAAAAGUAAAAGGUAAUUAAAAGGAAGAAAAAGAAAAGAAAAAAAAAGAAAAAGAAAAGAGAUAGCAGAAAUAUUUUUUUGAAGAUGUAAACGUAGAAACGUUAGACCGCGUAUAUACACAUAUACUAUAUUAUACAAUUUUAUCGCUGAAACGAAACCACGCUUGGGUGCCUUUAGGGUCUUCUCCGUAACGACAAAAGAAAUGGAAGAAAAUAAAACCAAAAAAAAAAAAGAAGAAAGAAAAAGAAAAGAAAAAAUAAGAAGGAAAAUAAAACUCGUAGGAUCGUGCCUUAGAAAAUUACUGUUUAAAUGCGACGGAGAGAAAAGAGAGAAAGAGAGAAAAAGAGAGAGAGAGAGAGAGAGAGGGAAAUGAUAGAAAAGUGAAUCAGAAACGUAUCCAAGAAAAAACAAGAAAAGGAAGAAACGAAAAUAAUCCGAGAUCGAUCGAACACUUAUAGAAACAGAAACUGUUAUCGUUAACUACAUAUUUGUAAGCGUUAGUGCCUUAAUCAAAUAUCCAGGUAGACGAUGAAAAUCAAUAAUACGUCGUAUAAUAUCUUUAACAGACAUACAUAUUUCAAGAGAUUGAUUAGCUUUCGAAAGAUCUUUAAUUAAUUAAUUAUCAUUAUUAUUAUUAAUACUAUUAUUAUUAUUUUUUUUUUUUAUUUUUAUUUUUAUUUUUAUUAUCCUUAUUAUUUUAUUAAUAUCGUUUUCACAAUAAUUUCGUAUAAAAAGAAAAUAAUUUCUUCAAAUCGACGGAUCGAGGAUCGAAGUUGCAACAAUGGUGUAUCGAGAGAUCGUUUGUAAAAAGAAAAGAAGAGAAACGGAAAGAAAUAAAGAAUGAAUGAACGAACGAAAGAACAAAUGAAUGAAUAAAUGAAUGAAUGAAUGAAUGAAUGAAUGAAUGAAUGAAUGAAUGAAUGGAAGUAAAGGGAAAGAUAAAAAGUAAAAUAUAUUUACAAAAAUCAUCAUUAUUUCUUGGAUUAAUUAAUUUCUUGUCUCGAUUUGAAUAGAGACAUUGACGAUUUGCGCGGUUACGAUAAUAAUCCAGAUAAAUAAAUGUAUAUUAGAUUCGCAGACACGAAAAGAGAAAAGAGAACAAAAAAUGAACGAAAAAAAAAAAAAAGACAGAACAUACGAUAAUUAAACAGCGAAUGAACGGUUACGAAUGACCGAUAAUAUUGAUAGGAGAAUGUGUGUGACUUUGAUCACGUCAUGAUCACUAUUCUCGAACUCAUGUUUUCUCGAGUUUGAUGUUAUGAAAAAUAAAGAGAAAGAAAGAAAGAAAGAAGGAGAUAGAGAGAGAGAGAGAGAGAGAGAGAGAGAAAGAAAGAAAGAAAAAAGAAAAGAAACAAGGAUAACAAAACAAGAGUAAUGACGAAUGAACAAAUUUGUAAACUUUGUACCGAUUCGAGGCCAUCUUGAUCGAAGCUUCGUACUUAUACAGAUACACGCAUACAUAUAUUCAUAUAUACAUAUAUACAUAUAUACAUAUAUUAAUAGACUAGUCUCUAAUCAAUUCGUAAAACGCAAUAACGAGUCACCCUUUUAGACUCUCCAUUUUCGAUUCUUAUCGAAAUUUUUUGCAAAUCAUUCCUAUAUCUAUACACACACACACACACACACGAAUAAGUAAUAACUAUUUUCUUUCUUUCUUUAAUCUCUCGAGAAUGAAAUGUGUUAGAAAUCUUUUAAAGGAGUAGAGAGAGGAAAGAUAAAGAGAGUGGGAGAACCACCCACGUUUUAAUUAUCUUCCUUGAAACGAACGAACAAACAUACUAACAAACAAACAAAUAGAGAAAGAAACAAACAAACAAACAAACAAACAAAUAAACAAACAAACCAACAAACGAACGAACGAACGAUGAACACGAAUAAAAUCAAAUAUAAUAUAGUAGCAUUCCAUAGAGAAGUAGUACGAAUCGAUAGUCAUGGAGAUCCUGUCCCCGUUGCAUGCUUUCGAGUUUGCUCGUCGUUCUUAGAAAGCACCCGGCUAGUCUCGUUCACUGCUAUAUGAUAUCGUUCCUGAUCGAACGAAAGACGAUAUCUCGUGAAAACCAGGCAGCCAAAGCAUAUACGUACAUAUAUACGAACAUGAAGCUGUACACAUGGAUAGAAAGAUAUACACGUAUAUAGGAUUAAAGAGAUACGAUGAACACAUAUAUACAUAAUCAACGGGGAUUGGUUUAGUGUCCAGCCAUUUAAACGAGUGCCAUAAACCACAAACGUAAAAUCCGCGAGGUGAGAUAUUCGUAUUUUACAUUUACGUUAAGAGAACAGAUAAAGAAAGAGAAAGAUAGAGAAAGAAGAAGUGUUGACGCGGAGUCGAGGUUGGGGUUUAGGUUGGGAAGGAUUAUAAUAAUUAUUUGUGAGAAAGGGAGAAGAUAGAGAUAGAGAGAGAGAGAGAGAGAGAGAAAGAGAGAGAUGAAAGAAAAAAAAAAGAAAACGCCUAGCGAAACUAUAAAAACUCUUGUAACAUAUUUAUUUAGCCUUUAGUAGUAAUUUAGUAGUAAUACAUGGACGUGGACGAGUGUCCUUUUAAAGGACAGAUUAUAAAAGAGAUAGAAGAGAGCCAGAGAAUGUGUGUGUAUAUCCAUUUAUAUGUACGUUUGUGCGUGCAUGUAUGUGUAUGAGUGAAUGUGUGUGUGUGUGUGAGAGAGAGAGAGAGAGAGAGAGAAAGGGAGAAUGAAAAAGACGAAAAAAUGGACCAACCUCGAGGAGUCAUUGCGUGAGACUGUUCGAAACGAACUUAAGAUUCGUGCAACGAUUAAGUAAGCUGAGGUUGCCUUACGAUUAUUAAUCGGGCCUCGUGCUAUUUCGAAUAUAUGUAUACCUAGCAGACGUCGGAUCGUUGGCCGAUUAAGUGACAAAGGAACGAGCGAUGUAUAUCAUUAGAACGUAUUAAUUGAAAAAUAAAAAAAAAUAAAACUUUAGGAAGACUAUCGUACGAUCAUUAGUAUUAAUAAUA